CUCGAAGUGCAAAGAAAAACAACAACAACUCACCCAAACUCUGGAAACAUGAAAAGCAGCGUGUGCAGGUGUCUGUUUGGCCCGGUGGAUCACGAGCAGCUGCGCCGAGACUUGCAGUUGAGCUUGCGUGAAAUGUCUCUGGAGGACAGCCACAGCUGGAACUUUAACUUCCACGCCGACACACCGUUGCCGGGUCGAUUUGCGUGGGAGGAAAGCCCCGGUGACUGCUCGUCUCCCCGGCCCAAGCCCAUAUCUCCCGCCGGUGAGGACGAAGACAGUCCGGCUGAGUGUAAGGAAGGCAAGACCGACCGGGAGGACUGGCCCUGCGUUUCGAACGACUGUCCCACUGAAGUGACGCCUGUCCGGAGGGUGAAGACUCCCCCCGUGAUGGUGGUCAAGCGCAGAGACCAUGGACGAAUCACGGACGUUUGUGUCAAGAGGAGGAGGACUACAGAAGACAGACACAUCGACUCUCUCACAACUUCCACUGAAUCAGCUUUGUGCAAACCAUAACUCUGGUGAAAUGCCCAAAUUGUGAACCAAUGCUGCUUGAUUUUUUUUCCUCUCCCUCCCCCCCUUUUUUUGUUUCCAUUGUAUCUUC